UAUAAAGCUCAACUGGCCCCGUUCUGCUCCGACUGCUGCCCAUCAGUGACCGCAUCGAGCGUCUCCGGACAGUCCGCUCAUAACCUGCGCUUCCUGUUCAUACUUCAUACAUUUGUGGCAUAUCGUCUAAAGACAAAGGGUCAAAACGGCAAGAUGAGCUCACUGAAUGUGAAGAAGCUGAAAGUGAACGAGCUGAAGGACGAGCUGAAGAAGAGGAGCCUCUCCGAUAAAGGGCUGAAGGCUGAGCUGAUGGCCCGGCUACAGGCCGCUCUGGAUCAGGAGGCGCUGUCCACCGACACCAACGGUGCUGAAGGACAGUACGAGGAUGGAGGCGGCCUCGGUUACAUGGGCGACGAAGACCUUGAGGAAGAUCUGGCUGGAGAGAGCAUGGAGGCUGAGGAGGAGGAUGGAGAUAACGCGGAGGCUGAGGAGCAGCAGGAUGAUGAGAUGGAGGAGGAGGAGGAGGAGGAGGAGGACGCCGGGGUAGAGAUGGAUAAAUCAGAUGAAGAUGAAGAUGUUCUGCUCAAAGAUGAUGAUGAAGAAAUGGAGAAAUUUGAUGAGGAUGAUGUGGCUCUCGACAUGGGCCCUGGCGAGGGGGAUGCGGACAAAGACAAGAAUGAUGAACAGAAGAAUAAGAAGGGUGUAAAGAGACGCCGAGAUGAACAUGGAAGGGGCUACUUUGAAUUUAUUGAAGAAAGCAAAUACAGCCGGGCAAAGUCUCCCCAGCCUCCACUGGAGGAAGAGGAUGAAGACUUUGAUGACACAACUGUGUGUUUGGACACCUACAACUGUGACCUGCACUUCAAGGUGUCUCGGGAUCGGUAUAGCGCCUCCUCUCUCACCAUGGAGAGCUUUGCCUACCUGUGGGCCGGGGGACGAGCGUCUUACGGUGUGGCAAAGGGCAAGGCUUGCUUUGAAAUGAAGAUUAUCGAGAAGAUUCCUGUAAAACACAUUUCCAGUAAAGGAAUUGAGAUUCAUGACGUCCUGGUGGGUUGGUCACUGGCCAAUAGCUCUCUUCUGCUGGGGGAGGAAGCACACUCGUAUGGCUUUUCAUCUAAGGCCAAGAAAACCAGCAACGGCGUGACGGAGGACUUUGGGGAGGCUUUUGAUGAGAAUGACGUCGUUGGUUGCUUUAUUAACUUUGAUGGUGCAGAAGUGGAAAUUUCCUAUUCCAAGAAUGGACAGGACCUGGGAACAGCUUUCAAAGUCAGUAAGGACGAGUUGGAGGGAAAGCCGUUCUUCCCUCACGUCCUCUGCCACAACUGUGCGGUUGAGUUCAACUUCGGCAAGCGUGAAACCCCUUUUUUUCCCCAGCCUGAUGGCUUUACGCUCCUGCAGCAGAUCCCCGUUUGCGAUCGCAUCAGAGGACCGAAGGGACCCGAGACCAAAGAAGACUGUGAGGUCAUUGUCAUGGUUGGCCUGCCUGGAUCUGGCAAAACAGAAUGGGUUACAAAGCACACACAAGCCAAUCCUGGAAAAUACAACAUCCUUGGAACAAACACAAUCAUUGAGAAGAUGAUGAUUUCCAGUUUGAAGCGACAGAUGAAAGAUGUCACGAAACUCUCAGCGAUAUCUCAGCGCGCUCCUCUCUUCCUUGGGAAAUUCAUCGAAAUAGCAGCACGUAAAAAACGCAACUACAUUCUUGACCAGACUAACGUAUCAGCACCAGCCCAAAGAAGGAAAAUGUGCCUGUUUGCCGGUUUCCAGCGUAAAGCAGUGGUAGUCUGUCCCACAGAUGAGGAAUAUAUACAGAGGACUCAGAAAAAGGCAGAAACGGAUGGCAAAGAUGUACCUGAACAUGCAGUCCUGAAAAUGAAAGGAAUAUACACGUUGCCUGUGGAAGGUGAGUGCUUCAGUGAAGUGCUUUAUGUCGAGCUGCAGAAGGAAGAAGCUACCAAACUACUUGAACAGUACAAGGAGGAGAGCAAAAAUUCUCUUCCUCCUGAGAAAAAGCCAAACCAGGGAGGUGUUCCACCAAAGAGGGGAGGCACUCGGGGACGAGGAGGCAAAAAUCUAUUCAACCGGGGUGGAGGACCGGGUCAGAGGGGAGGACGAGGAGGCUUUCAAAACCGAGGCAACUUUAGGGGUGUGCCUGGACCUCGUGGUGGGUUCAGCAGGCCACCGAGAGGCUUCCUUCCUCCCCCUGCCUUCAGAGGAGGUUUCAACCGGGGCAGUUUCAACCGUGGUGGUGGUGGGAUGCCUAACAGAGGUGGCGCCCCAAGGCCGGGACCUGGACGUGGCAAUAUGGUGAACAUGGGCAACAGAGGAGGGGCCAUGAACAGGGGCAACAUGGGACGAGGGGGAGGGGCCAACCGGGGCAACUUCAACCAGAAAUUCAGGGGUCGAGGAGGAAAUAAUCGAGGUUUUAAAAAUGGAAACUAUAGCAUGAACAAAGCACAAGCUUUCAACCAGAGCUGGCAACAAGGGUUUUGGAACCAAAAGCCAUGGAGUCAACAAUACCAUCCUGGAUAUUACUGAAUAAUAGCUGUGAUGGACUAAUAUCACAUAAAGAACAUCAGCUUUAACUUCAGAAGUCAAUUUAUCUAAUGUCCUUUUGUUUUGUACAGAUUUGAAUAGGGCAUUCCAUAUUGGGAGCUUUCAAAGCUUUACAGGUUACCUGUUACAGUUUUUUAAAUAAGUAUUUUAUGUUUGUCUUUGACCGCUGAUGCAUAUGACGAUGCAGUUCAAUUCAGGAAUCUCAGAAUAACUUCAGGGUGGGAUGUUUGUUUUUUAAAACUUUCAGGGUUCAGAAUUUUCCUUUUAAUUAGACUCGUGUGAAUCUGUGUGUAGCAGUAAAGCUCCGUAACAUAAGAAUACUAUUGUCAAGGCACUUUGCAGUUAUAUGAAGAAUAUUUGUCCUGCUGCAAUAAUAUUUUUAGUUAAAAGAACAUGAAACAUGUAUAAACUAAGGUACUGAAAUUUAAGACUUGUAUAUAUAAGGUCUGGUCAGCUUUUUCAGACUGUAUAUUUAAAGAAAAUGAAUUGAGCUAACUGGAAAUUUCAACUUUAGUUAUGUUUGUGUGUUUUUUGAGAAAUUUCUUUAUUGGAUUAGCAGUCCACUGGAAAGCAGUCCAUCACCUGUACAAAAAGGAAGUAGGUGCUAAACAGCCUGUCAAAAUCUGUCCUGUGUAGAAAAGAAAUGUUGUCUCGUCACAUACUUGUCAUUUCAAACAUCGCAGUCCAGUUCUACACAGUGUGUUUUCAGUAUAUUUAUAAAAUUAUUAGAUUUUGAACAUUUAAUCUUUUUCUGUAAGGAGCAAUAAACAACAUUUUCAAUUCUUUACCACUACAAAAUAAAAGCGGAAAAGACAGAUUUCUUGAUUGCGGAUUUUAGGAUAUUAUUUUAUUUUUUAAGUGCAUUAAGUGCUUUUUUCCAGCUGUAUUUCUUAAAAAUUGAAUGUAUUAUUUCAUUUUAUCAUUUCAUUUUGAAAUGUGGCUUACUGCUCCUUAAAGAUUUUUAACUUACGUUGAAUAUCAUAAUAUAUUUUGGUCUUUUUUGUAAAUUAUGUUAUUUUUAAAAAGUGUAAAAAAGUGUGUGGCUUUACUAUAACCUUAGAUUUUUGUAAACCUGUAAUAAUUUGUAGUUUGCUUCAAAAUGAUAGCAAUUGAAAAGCACUACUAGAAAUGUAAACUCUAAAUGGUGAUUAUACAAUUGUUUUAUAAUAGAUUUUUCUUUAUAGUAAAGUUUUUAAAACAGAAGUCCACUUCCAGAACAACAAUUUACAAAUAAUUUACUCACCCCCUUGUCAUCCAAGAUGUUCAUGUCUUUCUGUCUUCAGUCGUAAAGAAAUUAUGGUUUUUGAGGAAAACAUUUCAGGACUUUUCUGCAUAUAAUGGACUUCAUUGGUGCCCCGAAUUUGAACUUCCAAAAUAUAGUUUAAAUGCAGCUUCAAAGGACUCUAGCCGAGGAAGAAGGGUCUUAUCUAGCGAAAUUAUCGGUCAUUGUUUUCAAAAAAUUAAAAUUUGUGUACUUUUUAAGCACAAAAGCUUGUGUAGCACAGGCUCUGGGAUACGCGUCCACGUGGCGUUCUUGAAUGAUUCGUUCAUUUUGAAUGAAUCUUUAAUGUGACUCGGGAAGAACGAGUCGUCUGUGAGAGUGAUUCUUUCAGUCGCGCAUGCGCAACAUCCUGUUUCGAGUCUUCGGGUUUUUCGAGUCGUUCGUUCAUCUUAUGGGGCUGUCACGUGAUGCUAAUUUUGCUAAAAUUAACGAAAUGACUCGAAAAAAAGAUUCGUUCAUUCGUUCAACUCCCCAUCACUACUACGAAUCACGACUUCGAAUCACCUCAAGUUCAUCAUCUGUGUACUCCGGCUCAAAAAGGUAGAGUACGUUGAAAAACUCCAUGUUAUUUUCUCCUACAACUUCAGAAUCGUCCGACAUCGUUGUACCUUUUUGUUUGUAAAUAGCGUUUGACUUACUUGCACUUUCUUAGUCUUUGCGCGUUCGCUUUGUAAACACUGGGUCUGUGGUUCCCCCUACCUUCCGCGUGACCUUUCGACGUGAUUCAGCAGUAUGUGAACGCGCAUCCAAGAGCCUGUGCUGCACAAGCUUUUGUGCUUAAAAAGUAUACAAAUUUUUAUUUUCCAAAAAAAAUGACCGAUUGUUUCACUAGAUAAGACCCUUCUUCCUUGGCUGGGAUCGGUUAGAGCCCUUUGAAGCUGCAUUUAAACUACUUUUUGGAAAUUCAAAAU